AUGGGAGGAGGCGAUUUGGUAACGAUUUUUAUUUAAAAUACAAUCGAAAUGUUCGAUUUUCUUUUACUUAAGGGUGCUUUUGGAGACCUGGAUCAUUAACUGAUCGUUUUGAUCAUUUUAUACAGAAUUUAAAGAAAAGUUGGCAUCCCCAGACGCUACGAAAUGUGGAGAGGGUAUGGAAGGCAGAGCAAAAAGCCGAGGCAGAAUCCAAGAAAAUCGAGCAAUUACGGAAGGAGUUGGAAGAAGAGAGAGCUCGAGAAGAAAUGCAGAGGCAUGCAGUACAACAAGGAGUAGCUAAGUAAGUUCAUAAGCUGAAUACAUAGAUAUUUGUAGGCCUUAAAUGAACGCUUUGUUUAUUUGCUGUCAAAAAGCUGAAUUAGAAACUCUCUCAACUGACACCCUUGCCUGGUUCUCACUUGCGACAUUCAGAGUCGGAUGCAAAGCAAAGGAUUGCCUCGGAACUAACAGAAAAUAUCUGCUCAAAGGUACCAGGUAUCCACUUUCAGCAUGAUCUCGACACCGAAAUUACAGUUAUUGUUGUCAUUUCUUAUUUGGCCUCAAAAUGAUGAUCACCUAUCGUAAUUUUGAAGCCCCUGACCCACAUCCCCAGGUAACAGUGAUAACUAGUAACGGUAAUCAAAACUUUGGUCUUGAGAUUAUGUUGCCACUUAAGUGUCUGGGUUGUGAGCACUGAGUACCGUGCCAUAAUUCCGGCAUGAGUACUUGAAAAAGCAGUGUGUAAGCCCUACAUUAGUACCCAGCGAGUACCACAUUCUGGGACCAAUCCAAGACACAAAGUGUGAAUGCUGCCUUAGCCCAUAUCCACACUUGGUGCUUGGACAGUGUAUCCUAGUACGUAACCUGCUGGUUACUAAUGUGUAGGAACUUCUUUGGAGUACCCACAUCUAAAUUUGAGCACAGCACCAGUGUCCAAGUACAAGGUAGAGACCUUGUAUGCAGGUAAGGUUGUGAGCACUUUAUCUGUUAGUUCUGAGGCAGUGUCCAGGAACUACAGUCAGCGACAAAAUGAGUUGAGACACUUCAUCCAAACUUUGGCUUUUUUACAUUUUACUGACUUCAAAAGAAGGAAAAAUAGCUUUUCCUCCCCCAUCCCCUCCAUGCAAUGUUGUGCCAAUGUUCGAGCUACCUAUAGAAAACAACAAUCACCCCAACUUUGAAUGGAGGGGUCAGGGGAGGGGUGCAGAUUCUUUUGUUCUCCGAAGUUACCCUAUGUGAGUACGAUGUCUCAACAAUUUUGUCACCGAUUGUAGAACUUGGGUACCAUCUUAGUUGAUUAUUAAUGCUGACUUGUCUCUGUAUAAUGUUCAUUGUAAAGGAAAAAAGGUGAACGACUUGAUUGGAUGUAUGCCGCUGCUGCUGCUGGAGGACAGGUUGAUCAUGAGUUGUAUUUGCUUGGUAAACCUGUGGAUAAAGCUGUGGAUCCCAUGGCACAGGACAAUGAAGAGGUGAGUCAUUCUCAAUGUUUUAAGCACCCUACCAAGUAAAAUAGUGCUAUGUGAGGAUCAGAGAAAAGUCAUAUAUAUUAAAGAGUUGUACACCUUACAGGAAUGUCUACGUACAAAAUUUAAUGCAGUGUGUUUUUGGGAGAAGUGACUGAAAGAUGUAAACUGAGUAUUCAUGUGUUAUAUAAAACACACAUAAAAGUUAAAAGAUACACUGACCGCUGUUAGAAAUUGUGUAUAAAUGAUCCCCAGAAGUUGUGCGAGUAUCUCAGCAGCAAUGUGAAAUUUCCAUGUUGCCUUGGUAAUUUAACUGUUGUUAUAGUAAAUUGUAAUUUGUUGAACUCAUUAACCCUUUAUCUCCUAAGAGGGACCAACAUUUAUUUUCUCCUACGAAUAUCAAUAUAUACUCAAGGGAAAAGGUUAUGAAAAUUAAUAAAUUGAUCUCCUUAGAAAACGUGCUUUGAUCUUUUAACAAAUUCUCUCAACUUAUUCUGUGGGAAAUGUAUGGAGGUCAGUCUGGAGAAUUUGCAUGUGGAUAUUUGGGGCUUAAAGUGUUAAAACAUGUCCAUGUGUUCCUGAUCAAAUUGGAAUUUGGAAGUGUUGGGUUUUAAGGAAAGGGGAAAGCUGGAGUAGCCAGAGAAAAACCUCUCAGAGCAAGGAAGAGAACCAACAACAAACUCUACCUACGUUGCGUCAAACCCGGGCCACAUAGGUGGGAGUUGAGUGCUCUCACCGCUGCACUACCUUUGCUCUGAGAAUUGUCUUUAAAGGGCCAUUUUAGAACCAAGACAAUGUGUCAAUGAGAUUUUAACAUUGAAUGAGAAUGGGGUGAAACCUUAACCUGUAUUUUGCUGAACUAUGAUAUAUCAACGUUGCAUGUCUGUGUUAUAGGUCCAAAUUAUUAAAUUCAGGUUAAUCUUUUUUUACCAAGGCUGAUAAUCAAUUUUCUUUGGUUAAGGUGUAAACAAAUGGUGACAUUUUUUUUGUAAGGAAUCAACUGCUCCAGGGGCAUCGUUCAUGAAUGACUCAGGUGCCAACACACCAAAUGACUUGGCAUCCAAAGUGCGGGAUGAUCCACUGUUUCUGAUCAAGAAAAAGGAAGAGGAAAAAAGAAAAGAACUGCUGAAUAAUCCUGUAAAAAUGAAACAGUUAAAACUGAUGCUUAAAGCCAAUUUGGAGAAGUCAAGCAAAAAGAAGAAAGACAAGAAAAAGAAGAGUAAGAGAGAGAAAGUGGGAAAGAAGAAGAGGAAGGAGAAACAUGUAGAACAAAGUGAUGAGUCAGAGGAUGAAGAGAGAGACCACAGGAAAGAAAGGAGAAAGAAAUACAGAGAAAGAAGUGAUGAGUCAGACAGUGACACUCGAGAAGUGAAAAGAGACAGGAAGGAAGUGCGAAGAGAGAGACGCUUAGAGAGAAGCAGUGAAUCCGAUAAUGAUACCAGGAAGAGAAUGUGGGAAAGUGGGAAGAAGAAGCUUGUGAGAGAAGGCAAGGAGAUGUUGAAUGGGAUCCAUAGAAAUCGUCACCGGUAGGUAACUGCAACAUGUUGUAUAUGUUGGGGUUCAAUUUUUUCCUUGGUUUAAAUUUUAUUCCCCUAUUGUAUAAGUUUGCUUAUAAGACACAAAAUUUUACAUGAAAUGGCAUGUGCGCAACUUCAGACAAAAACACGAACUUCAAUAUCUCAAAAACUUUACUAUGGAAAGUCGGGAUUUCAAAUUCUCUAUGCAGUAAGACAGUUUAGUUCACUAUUUUCAAAAGACAGACUUAAAGCAAGGGGCACACAUACACCAACCCAUGAUCCACCUUCCCCAUGCAUGUCGUGGGAGAACUGCUGUGCAGUUUCCAGCCAACAGCUCCCACAUGUGUUGCGUGGAGCUGGCGCUUAAAGGAGUGCUUUACACUCGCCUCUGCGGUAAAGGUUCUUUCAGACGUGGGUUUUCACCAUUCAUUGACCUAAUAGCUUUGCCUUGCUGGUGAGCUCCAGUAAGGGUGAAACAGCCAUCCAUGGCUGCCACUGCCAGUGUGAUAUGGCUGUGUGCAUGCGUGAGGUACUGGCCAGACUGUCACUUGGGUUGGUGCGUGUGUGCUCCUUGCUUUAAGUUUGCACUAUUUUCAAGGUAAUUUUCGCUUAUGCAAAUGAAUUGCAUGUAACUUCAAUCUAUUUUUCAUAAAUUACUGUAGUUCAUGACAUUUUUAAACAAAUUGAACAGCAUGUGCGAUAGCUAUAACUAGUAAUAAUAACAAAGACGGCUUAAUUUGACUUUUACGUGUUAUUAUUUCAACUUUAAAGGGACAGAGAAGAUGAGGAUGAGAGAAGGACACAAUACAGAAAUGGAGACCACUACUCCAAAAGACAUAGGUAUUGAAUAUAAAUUAAGUGUUGUGACAAUAGAUUGGUGAAGUCCUUUAUAAUUUUCAGAGGAGUAGGAUUGGGUUUAAACAACAAAAUAACAGUUUUGUAGGAAUGGUACUUGUAUGGGGCAGUGUUAAUUUUUGUAUAACAUAAUAAUUACAAGUCUUAAGUGGAUAAUUUCCUCUUUUACUUUCCAGAUCUCCAGACAGAAAAAGACCUCAACAAAGAUCACGGUCAAGAUCACCAUUGACAAGGAGAGAAGGAGAAAGGAGAGAAACACAAAGACAAAGACAUAACUCCUCACAUUCACCCCACAGGAGAGAACAACACAGACGUGACUCCUCGCAUUCACCUCCCAGGAGAGAACAACACAGACAUGUCUCCUCGCAUUCACCUCCCAGGAGAAAACAACACAGACGCGACUCAUUGCAUUCACCUCCCAGGAGUGAACAACAUAGACAUGACUCCUCGCAUUCACCUCCCAGGAGAGAACAACACAGACAUGACUCCUCACGUUCACCUCUGAAGGACAAAAGACAUAGAUCUCGGUCACACUCACACACACCCCCAAGGAAAUUACAGAAGUCUCCUUCUCCUGACAGAAGAAAAGCAUCACAAAAUAGAGGAUCAGCAGUUACAAAGUAUGUCAGAUUAAAGUUAUUGCUUAAAGCUUUCGUAUAAAAACCCUCUCACUUCUAUGGUGACCAUAAUUAAAACUACAGUUGAACCUCCAUUAAGCAACCCCCUAUUAAUCCUUUAAGCCCAAGAUCCACAUACAAAUUCUCCUGACUGAUCUCCAUACAUUUCGUUUAAGAAUAGUUGAGAGAAUUUGGUUUAAGAUCAAAGCAUUCUCUCCCUUUGGUAAUCUCAUAAUCUUUACUCUUGAUGAUCUGCUGAUGUUGUUAGGAGAAAGUUGAUAGCAGCCUCCCUCUAUUAAGCAGUCAGUAAUAAAAGCCCCGAAAUAAUUGUAGGAAUGAAUGGGAAAUUAUACCAUUACAGCCACCUCCAUUAAGCGUCUGAGGCCACCUUUUUGCCGUCCCAACAAGAGUUCUCCCAUGGUUGUCACUUCUAUUAAGUGGCCAUCAAGCACUUGAUACACUUAGUUUUGCUUCAUUUUAAGAAUACCAGCAUGUCAAUGAUAAAAGAAAAAGUAGUCUGAGAUAGAAGGUAAAGACUGAUUGUGGACGAGUAAUGCUGUUCCCGUUGCGUGUUUGUUUCAAAGUGAAGCGAUGUUUCUGCCAAAGAUUAUGGUAAUUUAUGACAAACCUCCAUUGAGGGUCACUUGCCAUUACUCCGAGGGUGGCCGCUUAAUGGAGGUUCAACUGAACUGUAAAGAAAAAUUCCAAAUGUCAUGUAAAAUUUGGGAAACAAAUACCACUCUGCAGUAGAACUGCCAAAGGGUGUUCGUACUGAUGAACAGACACAUCAUAGGGUUUUGUUCAGACUCAAAUGUCACUCAUAUCAACAUAACUGUGUACUUGGCUAACCGAAAAUUAAUCUGAUACAACAGAGUAAUGGACGCUGCUGAGAAAGAGAAACGUCUUGCUGCAAUGAUGGAGAAUGCCAAGUAAGUUGUUUGACUCUCUUGAUUAAAAAAUAAAUUUAUUUAUCUGCCCAGGUGCAAAGUAAUAAAGUAAAUAAAUAAAUAACAAUUUGCAGGUAACACAUCCACAUAGUGGUUCUUCAUCUACCUGAUUCCUGGUCGAAUUGGAAUUUGAAAGUGUUAGUUUUUAAGGAGAGGGGAAAACCGGAGUACCCGGAGAAAAACCUCUUGGAGCAAGGGAGAGAAUCAACAACAAACUUAACCCACAUAUGGCGUCGAUGCCGGUAGUUGAACUGAACCCAGGCCACAUUGGUAGGAAACGAGUGCUCUCGCCACUGUGCCACCCUUGCUCCCCGAAGUAAUUGGUCUGUUAUAAAACAACUAUCUCGUUGUACCCAUCUCUGUGGAAAUUUUAUGUAGAAUAAGAAAUGGUUGCACUUAACUUUGCCUCAAAUAAAAUUUCUUGAAGUUGGCUCUAUUUUUCGCUAUGGGGUAGAUUUUACGGCAGAACUUACCCUGCAUUUUUCUAUUUAUUUGAAGACUUAGUUUUAGGAUAACUUGAAGGUGUGAAAUUGAAUUUUUUUUACUGGCUUCUUUGACGUAAUUGUCCUAGUUUUAAUCUUUUAAUAUUUCUCUCCUACACUGUAGAUGGCGAGAUGAUCAGAGAGGAAGAAAUGUUAAAAGAUACAAGGUAAAGAAGUCUCGUUUUCGUAUAAUCAUUAAUGACAUUUAAAACCUUAGCAAAACAUAUAUCUGUGUGUGGAUGAAGAUUUGCCUGUAAUAUGCUUCACUAAGCCCAAUUGACUAAGGGUGCUUUCCAUUUGUCAGAACUGUGCGGUCAAACUAUUCCCGUUCUAAUGAGAAUUUCACUUUAAAUCUUAACUAUCGAUAUCCAGUCAGAUCAAUCAGAUCUUAAAUACAUGUAUUAUGCACAAAGAAAAUAGUUUUUCAGCAAAAACUCUUGGAUAAAGCCAAUUUCAUUGUCAAAAUGACUGGUCCGCCUAUGGUCUGGCCGGCCAAUUCUGACUUUUGGAAAGCAACCUAAGUAACUUAGGGAAACAAUAUGAACUUUCUUUAAACAUGAAAAAUUUAUUGCUACAGAUUAGGUGAAUAUGAGUAAAAAGUAAUCAUACGCCAUAUGCCAAAAGUUCAUUGCCAUAACUGGGUAGAAUAGUAACAUAACAAACUGCCGUAACAUUCUUAUGAAAUCGAAAGUCACCCAGAUUAUUAAAAAGCGUUUUUACUAACGUAUUUAAGGAAGAGGAUGCCAGAUUAGACGCCAAAGAAUCCAUGGAGAAAGAUAAAAGUGCAACUUUCUUGAAGUAAGUUCUAACGUACUCCCUAUUAAAAUGCCGGUUGAAAGCCAACACGAGAAGCAGUGACUCUACUGUUAUCCAAACACUGAUAACAAGAGAGAAAAAAACAGGUCUCAGCAGGCGAGGGGUGAACCAGCCUCGAGGUGUCUGCGUAUCUGAUGAAACACUCUGUCGAGUGUUAAAUAUUACUUCUCGGUGUUAGGAUAUCGGGAUUGGGUAUUAGGCGGAUUCGCCCGAAGGUCGAUUCGCCCGAGAACAGUUCAAUUCGCUCGAUGUGUAUUUGUCGUUCUUUAAGCCAGAAACAAGAAAGAAGCGUAAAGACAGGGAAUACACAUGUGGAAUCCUAGCUUAACUGAAAUAACAUCUCUGAUAAGGAUUUUUACCCUGUUUUAGAGUGUUGUAUUUCAUCGGGAGAAUUGACUUAAGUCCAGGCGAAACGACCACAUUUCUGCUGGGUAUCACACGUACACUCCUUUUCGUGAAUCACUUGCUACAAAGACGACAAAUGUUCGUCCGCCAACUUCAACCGGGACUUGAAUUUUUAUGGUCUCGCUGAGGAGUUGUAUUAGUGCAGGAGGGAAAAUUGUGGUCGCUAACUAAAGGGAUUUUCUCUGUUACUUUACCAGUGAUAUGAAAAUUCAGUCGUUUUCCUCAAAGACAACGUCUAGUGUCAGCGACCGCAUUCGUCGUAACAUCAACUCGGUCCAACGAACGGCGGUGGCUUUAGAGUCGUUUCUGGGAAAAUAACCUGCGAGACACAUCCGACUUAAAAAGAGAGGGCUGGACUGUCGUCGAGAGUGUACGGUAUGUUCUGAAGAAUGAAUCGUACUCUACACUCUAGGAACACCCGAAUCUUUAACUAUUAACAGCCGAAGAAUUUCCUGAGAGUUCACCUUGCUUCGGUUACUUAAUGUGAAGUUGGAAAGGCAGCCAGAUCUCUUAUCACCCAACCCAACCGAGAUGCUCUAGCAGCAUUCCAGCUAUUUUUGUGGAAUUACGAAGAUGCUACGCAGGUCAACGAAGAUUACUUCGGGAAAUGAUGGUGUUAGAAGAGUCAGCACCAUUCAUUAGCAACUAAACAGACUUCUUAUUGCAUUCAAGCUAACUGCUAUGAGUCAGCGUUCUACUCUUCACAUCUACUUGUAACCAAAAUGGACUUUGCAUAAGUGAUCCGAAAACGUAGUAGGGGAUGAGUUUGUAGAGCUUCAACCUUGUUACCAAGUCACUCCUCUUGGCUAGUCUCUCUCACUGCGAAGGAUGAGAUAGGAGAGAUCCUGGGUUCUAACUAGUUCGUUUGGGCUCGGCGCAAAUGGUAAAGCUGAGGUUGUAAGAAAAUUUAAGACAGAAUAGACAUGAGCAGUCACGGACAUUGUUUAUAG